GAUCGUUUUGGAAUACAGAUCCAAUUAUUUGGCAGAAAAUUCAAGUCGUCGUCUUGGUUCUUCUGCAGAUCUAACAGGAUAGCGUUCCAGCUCUAUUCAACUUCAACCAGAUUUGUUUCUGAGAUCCCAGCUAUUAUGUGUUUUUUAAAAGAUGAAAUAUGAUUAUCAAUACUGUCUAAUUUAUCCAAAAUCAUUGAUCAAUAGCAGCAGCUAUGGACGUAGUCUCGCCAAUACUGCAGGUUUCUGGUGCAAGUCAUGUCGUCAAUAAACUAGUUGAUAAAGCCACUACUUAUGUGCGAGAUCAGUACUACUGGAAAACUGACUUGCAAGAAGAAUUGCAAAACCUCAGACGCUUACUUCCUCAGAUCCAAGUAAUUGUUGGUUUUGCCGAAGAUAGAUUAACUUCGUAUGGAUCCUCUAAUCGAGCAUUAAUGGAGUGGCUUGGGCAGUUCAGGGAUGGGAUCGACGAGGCUGAGGAAGUGCUAGAUGAGCUGGAAUAUCUUGAACUAGAGAAAAAAGCUAACAGUGACAAAAAUAGGCUUUCUAAAACGGUUGAUGGUUCUGUUAAGGCUGCAAAAAGAUUUCUGAAAUUUGAUGAUCUUCUUAUUGAGAGAUUAAGGGCAUGCGUAAAGAAUUUGAACGCCUCUGCUUCAAAUGCCCAUAAUUUUCUGGCAAUAUUGGGGCAGACUGGUGGCAUCGGCACUGGACAAAUGCAGCAGGAGUUUCUCCCGUUGACCGAUCAAAGUAGGAUCACCUCUUCGUUGCCUGAAGUAUCAUUCAAAGGGCGUGAGGAACAAAAACAAGAAAUCAUCCGCUAUUUGUCGGGGGAGUCAGUGGAAGAAUCUGAAAUUCAGAUAAGUGAGAAUGUGCAUUGCCUUCCUUUGGUAGCGAUGGGUGGUAUGGGGAAGACGACGCUCGCUCAACAAGUCUGUGAUCAUUUUGAAAACAUGAAGAAGGAACACUUCGACAUCAGAAUCUGGGUAUGUGACUCCUUACCUGAUCUUGAUGCAACAAGUAUUUUGAAGAAAAUUCUGGAUUCAACCCGCCAAUCAGAUGACUCCUCAACUAAUCUCGAUGCAUCAAAUCUUAUGAAGAAAAUGUUGGAUUUAACCCACCAAUCUGAGCCAUCUGAACUAAUACCGGUGAAGCUCAAGGAGAAGUUAAGUUCCAAAAAAUUUUUACUCGUCCUAGAUGAUGCUUGGGAUGACAAAAACCAGACAGCGUGGAAGAGAUUAUGUGAUCCACUGCUACACGGUCAAAAGGGUAGCUGGAUACUAUUAACAACUAGAAUGGAAUCAGUUGCGAAGAUGAUCUCAAAAGUAAUCAAAGGCACAAUGAAAUCGAUGAUGUUGCAGGGUUUAUCAAAAGAUGAAUGUCGUCCACUCCUCUAUGAGCAUGCAUUUGAUGGUCAAGACCCCAAUAAAUUUCCGCGGCUUAAAGAAAUUGGGGAAGAAAUAUUGGAGAAAUUGAAAGGUGUACCUCUUCUAGCAAAGUCAAUUGGAGGAGCGUUGAACAGUAAAUUGACAGAAGAUCAUUGGACGAACAUUUCGAGAAGUGAAUUAUGGAAAACACCACUUGAAUCAAAAUACGAAUUCAGGCCAAUUCUAGUACUAAGUUACUUGAUGCUUCCACCACGCUUGAAGCGGUGCUUUUCUUACUGUGGCAUAUUCCCUCAAGAUUACCGAUUCAAAAAGCAACAGCUAGUCUGCAUGUGGGUGGCAGCAGGCCUAAUUUACUCAGAAGGAUCAGAGGAGGGCUCAGAUGAGGACAUAGCUAACCGUUGCUUUGAUACGUUGUGCAACAAAUCUUUCUUUGACAAUCGGAGUAUGCUUUGGAUGAAGAAAAUAUUGUUCUAUGAUACAACAGAAGAGAUUUACACAAUGCAUGAUAUGCUGAACAGUCUUGCUUGUCAUGUCUCACGCUAUGAAUGUUGUAGAAUUGUGCAUGGUACUCCAAGUCGCAUUUUGGAUUCUAAUGCCAUCCGCCAUAUAUCUAUUACCUGUAGUAUCGAUGCUCAACUCCUUGAUCUAGCUAAAAUGGUGUGCAAACUCAAGCACUUGCGAACCCUCUGGAUACAGUAUAAUGGGGAUCCUCAAAAACUUGAUGAUUUUAUUCGAGAUGCGUGUAAAUCACCGAGAAGAAUUCGAGUAUUGAUUGUUCGGUCUAAUGAUUUCAAAGUAUCUAAUCAGUGUUUGAAAAGUAUCAGUGACUUUGUUAAAAUACGAUUUCUUGAAAUUCAAACUAUUCUACCAUCGCUAUCAAUGCGUAAGUUCUACUUCUUACAAUAUCUAAUUGGUGACCAAUACGGUUCUCAUUUGGGCCGUCUGGCAAAAGACGCAAACAAGUUGACCAACUUAAGACAUUUAUACCAAGUAACUGAGGAUGCACUUCUCUCGGUGGCUGAAGUAGGAAAGUUAACAUCCCUCCAAGAAUUAUGCUUCACUGUGGGCACAAAACCCAGAUAUAGAAUUGAUGAGUUGAUGAAUAUGGAUAAUCUCCGCCAAUUAAAGAUUAAAAAACUUUCCAAUGUACGGAGUCUUGAAGAGGCUAAUAUGGCCAACUUGGUCAAGAAAUAUCAUCUCACCGGAUUGGACCUGCACUGGAUUGGAGCAAGUAAUCCUGACCUUGAUGAACAGGAGGUUCUGGCGGCUCUACAACCCUCUACCACAAUUAAAGAACUCAUGAUUAGAUGGUACAAAGGUGGUAGGCCUGCACCAUGGAUGGAUACUCCAUCUCUUUCUCGGCUUGAACAUCUCCAACUAGAAUUUUGUACAAGUUUGGAAGAGCUGCCCCCUCUAUGGAAGUUGCCCUGCCUUAAAUUUCUAAAAUUGAAAUACAUGGAAGCUAUAAGAAGUUUGGGUGGUCACUUCUCCGAUUGGAUGGGCAUACAAUUUCCAGUUUUAGAGGAACUUGAAUUUUGUGACCUUCCCCUCUUAGAGGAAUGGAAUGGUGCGGAUGAUUAUGUAUGGUUCCCUCUUCUUAAAAGUUUUCAAAUUGAAAAGUGUCCCAGACUAAAGAACAUUCCUGACCUUCCUUUGUCUAUAGAGAAUCUCAGAUUCAAAGAUUUGGGGUUAGAAGUUCUUCCACGGUUCUACAAGUGUUCUAAUGGUUCUAGGACAUUUGGAGGAUUUCAGCAGCUGAUGUUUCUCAAAUCCCUUGAAAUUUAUAAGUGCCCGGGGAUUGUACAGAUUGGAUCAAUUGGUGAAGAGGAUGAUCAUCUCCUACCAUUGUCACUGGAAACACUUGAACUUGAAAAUAUUGAGGAACACAAAGAUUUGGCAAAUUAUCUACGAGGUCUCACUUUGCUCACUAAAUUCCAUUUACAUUGUUCUCCGGGCUUGGAAUCAUUUCCUUUAGCAAGUGAGCUGGAACAUCUGACUGUACUCCAAGACUUGGGUAUUUCGGAUGGUGAAUCUUUGACUUCACUUGGAGACUUGUAUAUUUUAAAAUCUCUUAAAUCUCUAGAGAUUUUUGAUUGUCCAAAAUUCCUCGUUGCUGAGGUUGAGUCAGAGGAGUUUUUAAAAGACACGACAAGGAAGCAUGCAGUAUCAUCUUCCUCAAUUUUUGAUCAGUCUGCAAGUAAUAAAGCUGCUAGGAUCCUUCCCUCCUCCCUUGAAUCCCUGGAAUUUAAAAACUCAGGCAUUUCACAAGAACCAUUGGGUCGAUGCCUUCAAGGCCUUACCUCCCUCGAAAGGUUGAUAGUAUCAGGUUGCCAUCAUUUGGUGUCUCUUCCCAACAUAGAGUAUCUGCAUAAUCUGACAGCGUUGCAGACAUUGAAUAUUUCUGAUUGUAAAGAAUUAUGUGAAUUGGAGUCCUUGACGGCAAUUGCCUCACUCAGACAUUUGUGUAUUAACUGCUGUCCCAAAUUACUAGCUACAACAUUUUCCGCUCUACAAAAUCCUGCAACAGCAACAGAACAUAGUGCCACAAAGAAAAAGAAGGGAACAUUACCUUCACUUGAAAACAUUUAUAUCGAUGAUAUCUUCUAUCUACCAAGUUUGCCGAUUUCAGAAAAGCUAAAGACCCUUUCUAUCCAAAGUAGUGACAAAGAGUUCACUUGUUUCCCUUCUGAGAUAGAGGAGUCGUUGUUGCAAUAUCGGAAGUCUCUGGAAUAUUUGAGUUUGGGAGGGAUGCAUCAUCUGCAAUAUUUACCCGCAAGUUUGGAGAGCUUUUCAUCGCUCAAGAAUCUUGGUAUAUAUUCUGCUCCAGCACUCAAGUCACUGCCCAGGAUGCCUGUCUCACUGGUGCGACUGAGGAUUUUUGGAUGCAGUGCAAAGCUUAAGAAGCGUUGCCAAGAGAACAUCGGUCGGGACUGGCCUAACAUCAAGCACAUCCCUUACAUUGAUAUUACAGCUGGCAAUGAGGACGAGGCCGAGGCUCAAGUCAAUUGCAACUGGCUCAGCAGCAGGCUUUGGAGUUCCAAAUGAUCACAUUUAUAUAUAUAUAUAUAUAUAUAUAUCUAAUACGAAGCACAUCACCUUGUCAUUUAUCAAAAGGAGUGACUUAUAGUCUUGAAAAAAACAGCAUAUGCAUCAUCAAUCUCAGAGAUCCACAUUCAACAGUGAGCAAACAUGGCUACCAAGAAUUAGUGAUGAUCUAACUUUUCUUCCACUCUUGUUGUCGAACCUACAACCAUUGUAGCUUCUGAUGAAAUAUAUGAACAAAGACUAUGUAUCUGAAGUGCAUCUACAGCUCCCUAAAGCUCUCUCCCCUCUCCUCUUGUUGAGACACUUAAUCACUCUAUUUAGUUAAUUUGUCUCAGUACUAAUUCGAACAAAUCUAUUAGAAUUUCCAACAAUGUAUUUGAAUUUAGAACCUCUUAUAGUUUUUGUUGAACAAUUGUGUGGUUGAACAUUUAAAUAUUUGGACUUUAUAUUA